UGCGGGACCUCCCCCCGCCCCCCUCAAACCAGUCUCUCCAUCAAGAAGGAGGAAGGGGGGUGGAAAAAAAGCCACCCCUCAAGUCUUACUUUCAAGGCACACUUAGUCUCAACUAGGGAAACCAACACAACCAGAAAUGAUCUUUCCUCUCACUCCUUGACGUCUCUCUCCUCAUUGGCCCCGGCUCGGUCAGCUGACUUUGUCAUUUUGUCUGUCCGGGAGUGGAGCCGUCGCUAUAACCAUCUAGUUCCGAGUCCAAACUGGAGACCGAAAUAAAUAUUAAAAGAAAUCCUAGCCCGGGCCAGGUAAAGAGGGAAAGAUGAAUUCGUAUUUCACCAACCCCCCUCUGUCCUGCCAUCUCGCCGCCAGUCAAGACGCGCUUCCAAACGUGGCUCUCAACAGCAGCGCCUACGACCCCGUGAGACACUUCUCCGCCUACGGGGCUGCCGUCGCCCAGAACCGGAUUUAUUCGCCCCCCUUUUAUUCCCCCCAAGACAACGUCGUGUUCGGCUCCGGCCGGGGGCCCUACGAGUACGGAUCUAACUCCUUUUACCAGGAGAAAGACGUUCUGUCGAACUGCCGACAGAGCACCCUGGGACACAACUCACAGAACUCAAUCACUCAGGAUUUUAGCAGCGAGCAGACGAGAACGACCGGCCAGGAUCAGAAAGCCAGUAUCCAGAUCUACCCUUGGAUGCAGCGAAUGAAUUCGCACAGUGUUUGCUUUGUUUCCGAUUCCGUAGGAGUCGGCUACGGGGCGGACAGGAGACGGGGUCGCCAGAUUUACUCUCGCUACCAGACCCUGGAGCUGGAGAAGGAGUUUCACUUCAACCGCUACCUGACCCGGCGGCGCCGCAUCGAGAUCGCGAACGCCCUGUGCCUGACCGAGAGGCAGAUUAAGAUCUGGUUCCAGAACCGGCGGAUGAAGUGGAAAAAGGAAUCCAAUCUCACGUCUACGCUGUCGGGGGGAGGUGGCGGGGCGGCCGCGGACAGCUUGGCCGGCAAAGAAGAGAAAAGAGACGAGACAGAAGAAGAAAAGCAAAAAGAGUGAAAGAAAAAACUGAAUUCCCCCCCCUUCUCCUUUUCGUCCCUCCUCCAGCCUCCUCCCCACCCCCCCGAUAUUUAUCACUGGCACAAUUUAUAUGUUUGACUACAGUAAAAAAAAUACAGUCAAACGUGAAUCUUAAAAACAGACAGGAAUGCACCCCCACCUCUCCUUUUCCUCCUCUGUCGCUCUCCCCCGUCUCUCUCAUAAGACUUGUAUGGUUGGGAGGUGCAGACCUCACAUCUGAGUGAAGAGUCUGGUCCCCGAACCCCAGAGAGAGAGACACACAGAGAAAUAGGAGGGAGAUAGAGAGGAGAGAGUCUUCUCUCCCAGAGAAGGUCUAAAAUGAAUCAGUGACCGCUCCUAAGCAGAUCUUCUCCCCAAACAGCCCAGAUCCCUCUUAGAUUGGCUCAAAAACGUCUCCCUUCCCCCCACCUUCUCCCCAAGCCCCCACCCCACCCCAGUAACCCACCCGCAGCCUCUCAGCACCCCCCCCCCACUAGCAUAUCUUCCGUAUAGUCCAAUUGUAUUUAAGAAAGACGAGCCCGAAGACACCAUGGCAUACAGUAUAACGAACUGUGAGCGUUUCUGUGUGAAUAUUUUUAGCUGUAUUUGUGGUCUCUGUAUUUAUAUUUAUGUUUAGCGCCAUCAGUGUUCCAGCUCAGAAUGAAGAAAAUCUAAAAACAAGGAAAAAAAAUCCGAAACGAGAGAAGAAAAAAACAAGAAAAAAAAGAAAGAAAAGAAAAGAAAACGGAUGAGGUUCGUUUAGCCGGUAGGAGAAAAGAGGAAAAAAAAAGAAAGAAAAAAUUCCCUCGUGUUACCCCUCCCCCUUCCGUGUAUAAAGGUCACGUCCGGCGGACUCCUCCUUGAAUAUUUAAUAAAACUGAUAUUAUUUUUAAA